AUUAAAUGUCGUCAGAAGACCAGGAAGCUCAGGAGGAUGAAUUGCUGGCCCUGGUGAGUAUUUAUGAUGGAGACGAAUUUAGAAAAGCAGAGUCUGUCCAAGGUGGAGAAACCAGGAUCUAUUUGGACUUGCCACCAAAUUUCAAGAUAUUUGUGAAGCUGUCUGCUCUCUGCAAGCACUUAGACAACCUGUGGGAAGAACAUCAUGGCAGCAUGGUCCUGUUUGCCUGGAUGCAGUUUCUUAAGGAUGAGACCCUAGGUUACCUAAAUAUUGUCUCUCCAUUUGAGCUGAAGAUUGGUUCUCAGAAAAAAGUGCAGAGAAGGAUGGCUCAAGCCUCUACCAGCACAGCACUAGAUUUUGGAGGAGCUGCCGGCUGUGAUGUAGACCAAGAUGAAGCCGUGGAUGAGAGAGCUGUGCAGGAUGUAGAAUCAUUGUCAAGUCUGAUCCAGGAAAUCUUGGACUUUGAUCAAGCUGAGCAGAUAAAAUGCUUUAAUAGUAAGUUGUUCCUGUGCAAUAUCUGUUUCUGUGAGAAGCUGGGGAGUGAAUGCAUGUACUUCUUAGACUGCAGGCACGUGUACUGCAAAGCCUGUCUGAAGGACUGCUUUGAAAUUCAGAUCAAAGAUGGCCAAGUUCAGUGCCUCAACUGCCCCGAACCCAAGUGUACUUCGGUGGCCACUCCUGGUCAGGUCAAAGAGCUAGUGGCAGCAGAGCUAUUCGCCCGUUAUGAUCGGCUUCUUCUCCAGUCCACCCUGGACCUGAUGGUGGACGUGGUGUACUGCCCUCGCCCAUGCUGCCAGUUACCGGUGAUGCAGGAGCCUGGCUGCACCAUGGGCAUCUGCUCCAGCUGCAAUUUUGCCUUUUGUACAUUGUGCAGAUUGACCUACCAUGGCGUCUGUCCGUGUAAGCUCACUGCAGAGAAAUUAAUAGACUUACAGAAUGGGUACCUGCAAGCAGAUGAGGCCACUAAGAGGUUCGUGGAGCAGAGGCAUGGGAAGAGAGUGAUUCAGAAGGCGCUGGAGGAGGUGGAGAGUAAGGAGUGGCUUGAAAAGAACGCGAAGAGCUGCCCGUGUUGUGGAACUCCCAUAGAGAAAUUAGAUGGAUGACAAAUGACAUGUACUGGCUGUAUGCAGUAUUUCUGCUGGAUUUGCAUGGGUUCUCUCUCUAGAGCAAACCCUUAUAAACAUUUCACUGAUCCUGCUUCCCCAUGUUUUAACCGGUUGUUCCAUGCUGUGGAUGUCAAUGGAGACAUUUUGGGAGAUGAGAUUGAAGACUAGUUCAUUCCUACUGCUCAAGAUGUGGAAGUGAAGUGGUUUGCCCAAAUCUUUUGUUUAGG